ACAGUUGCUCAGUUACUGUAAUGGGCCAACUGCGGACAAUUGUUAAAAGUGGCUCUUUAUAAACAGGGUGACCGUGAAGUCAGCUGCAGGCAGAGGGGGCACAGUAAAAUCCGGAGAAAGUGAAUGCCUCCUGUUCAAAAGAGAACAUUAUUCCAAAUACAUAAUAUUCCAUCAGAGUUGAGAGCGCCCUUCCUUCUGCUGUCUCUGUGCAAUAAACCCACAGUGAUCUUUGCCCUGAGCUGUCGCUGGGGUUUAUAAUCUGACAAUAAACUGGUCCCAAGGUGAACAAUAAAUUAAAGUGACGACACCAACGGAACCGAACCAUGAUGCGGGUUGUGAUUCCUCUCUAGAGCAGAUCAAAUAUUCCAGAGGGAGAAAAUUACUGCACCGCUUGCACUGUGGUAUUAAUUCUGGUUCAGACCACUUGUACGAGUGACUUGUUCAUCGAAAUUAAGCUUUUAUGUGGUUUAACACAAGCGUUGUGGAACAAGGUGUGGCGUUACGUGCUGAAUAGACUGAAGCUCAGGUUUACGAGCGAGUUAUCAACAGAACAUUGCUCAGGGUGUGCUCACUUACUGUCAGGGACAAUAACAUUCAGAUGCCCGGAUUCUUUGUAAACAGACUCAGGAGUCCAGCACCAGGUAGACCUGCGGUGAGAGAUUUAUUGGAAAAACCCCAAAUGGAAGCAAACCACGACUGAAGACGAGGGAACAGAAACAAGUGAACCAGCCCGAGGACUGAGAGCACCAACUGGAGAGAACCCUUCUGACUCAGGGUUUCCAUUGAUUCAGUCAGGAGAAAGUUUGGGCAUCACCAGCAGGUGGAGCUUUCCUGCACCGCGACCAAAGUGUAAACAAGACGACGACAAUCAACAAUCGCCAGUCACAAUCAGAAUGGACAAAGGUGGGAUAAUGAAUCGAGUAGGGAAAGCACUGAAGAGGAUUUUACCAGGCAACUCAUCGAGGGAAGAUGAUCGAGACACGGGAAGCAAGGUACCAAAGCAGGGUCAGAUUGAGAGCAAUGUCCCAAUAGAAAGCGGUCAGGCAGCAGCGGAAGUGGAGCAAAUUCAGCCCAGAGACAGUGACGUCAGAGACACUGAUCAGGACCCUGGAACCAGCACAAGUGAGGCGACUGUCUGUCAACUCGGAAGCUCAUUGGACACGGAAUUGUCAAGUGUCCAACAAGGAGCAGAUCCAAAGUUUACAAUCUCCGACCUCCUGGCAGAGGGGGAGGAAUAUCGACUGUAUCAACUGACGAAGUUCUACAGAGACAGACUCAUACAAGCGAUUGAAGAAAAGGUUGAAAGACUCGGCUGGAUGUUGACAAAGGAGGGACAUUUCAGUAGAGAAGAAAAUGAGAAAGUCACUGAGCUGACAGAGAAGGGAAACCGGGCAGAGAGUUCCAGACUCUUCCUCAGUUUGGUGAUGGGCAAAGGAUCCCAGGCUCGCAGGGCGAUGUGGGAAUCCUUUGUGACUUGGAGGACUGAGUUACCGAAGUUGGGCAGAAUACUGAGGGAAAUUGAGGACCUCGGUCCUGAUCCACAAGAAUACAUGAGGAUUGGCCAAGGGUUACCUGAAUUACCCACUCAACUGAUAGAUGUUCAACAGAAACACAAGGAGACUCUGCGGGUACAAACUGAAACGCUGAGAGUGAACACGAUCCUGAUGAGGGAGAAGGUGAAGGUUUUCCAGCUGGUUGAUCGAUACGCUAAGCUCACAGUCAUUUCUACUGUUCGAGAUCGGAGACUGGUGGAACAUGAGCUGCUGGCAAGAGGCAGAGACCACGAGGAGUGGAGAGAGGAACAUCUCCGCGGAGAGCUGGAAAAAAUCCGGACUGAUCAGUUGUUCCAGAGCAGCUUUUCCCGGAGUAAAUCCAAAUCUGGGAGUUCGGCAGCAGUGGCCGGAGUCGCAGGGAUCGGGAAAACAACAAUGGUACAAAAGAUUGUUUAUGACUGGGCCACGGGGAAAAUAUACCAACAAUUCCAGUUUGUCUUCAGUUUCAAAUUCCGAGAUUUAAACUCCAUUAACUGCAGAAUAAACCUGAGGGAACUGAUCCUGGAUCAGUAUCCUUACUUUGGGAAUAUCCUGAGAGAGGUCUGGAAGAACCCAGAGGGAUUGCUGUUUAUAUUCGAUGGUUUGGAUGAAUUCAAGCACAGAAUUGAUUUUGCUGACAGUCGGAGAGAUACAGAACCCAAGCACCAGUGUCCAGAUCCCGAGUGGUGGUGUGAAGUGUCUGACAUUGUGUACAGUUUAAUCCAGGGCAAGCUGCUCCCAGGGUGUUCAGUGCUGGUGACCACCCGUCCCACUGCGUUACAUUUAUUGGAAAAGGCAAUGAUCAGUAUCUGGGCUGAAAUCAUGGGAUUUGUUGGUGAGGAACGGAAGGAAUAUUUCAUCAGGCAUUUUGAAGAUCAGACGGUGGCAGAAGCUGUUUUCAAACACGUGAAGGAGAACGAGAUCCUGUACACCAUGAGCUACAACCCCUCCUACUGCUGGAUCCUCGCUCUGGCACUGGGCCCCUUCUUCACACAAAGAGUCAGGGACCCGCAGCGAGUUCCCAAGACCAUCACCCAACUGUACUCCUACUAUAUUUACAACAUCCUGAAAAACCACGGCCGUGAGAUUGAGAACCCCCGUGAUGUGUUACUCAGGGUUGGUCAGAUGGCCUUCAGAGGAGUGUCCCAGAAGAAGAUUGUGUUUACAGAUGGAGAUUUGAUCAAGUACAAUCUGCAGCCUUCCCCGUUCCUGUCUGGGUUCCUGAUGGAGCUUUUGGAGAGAGAGGAUUCUGCCCGGAGCGUGGUGUACACAUUCCCACACCUCACCAUCCAAGAGUUUGUAGCUGCAGUCGCACAAUUCCUGAAUCCACAUCCCGGGGAUAUCCUGAAAUUCCUCACUGAGGCCCACAGCAUGACAGAUGGGCGAUUUGAGGUAUUUCUUCGUUUUGUUGCUGGUCUCUCCUCCCCAAUGACAGCUCGGGGCCUGGAGGAGUUUCUGGGUCCAUUUCCUCAUCAAACAACCUGCCGGGUGAUUGACUGGGUGAAGGAGGAGGUUAAACGUCAGAGUGGAAACACAGAGAGUGAAGCUGGUAAAAGGAGCCUCCUGAACACAUUGCACUACCUGUUUGAGUCUCAGAAUCGUGGACUGGCUCAGGCCGCACUGGGAUCAGUGGAAACACUUUCAUUCUGUGGAAUGACACUGACCCCGAUUGACUGUGCGGUCCUGUCUCAUGUCAUCGGACUGUGUGAUACAAUAAAAUACCUCGACCUGGGUGUUUGCAACAUUCAGUGUGAAGGAAUCCAGCGGCUGGGACCCGGGCUGCACAAGUGCCAGGAGUUGAGACUGAGUGGUAAUGAACUGGGAGAUUCAGGAGUGAAGCUGCUGUCUGCGGCUCUGAGGAACCCGGAGUGUAAAAUACUGAAACUGUGGCUGGAGGAUGUCGGUCUCACAGAUUCUGGUGCCGAGGAUCUCGUCUCCGCUCUCAGUACAAACCCAUCACUGACGGAGCUGGACCUGGGUUAUAAUAAACUGGGAGAUUCAGGAGUGAAACUGGUGUCUGUGGCUCUGGGGAACCCGGAGUGUAAAAUACAGAAACUGGGGCUGAUCAAUGUCGGUCUCACAGAUUCUGGUGCCGAGGAUCUCGUCUCCGCUCUCAGUACAAACACAUCACUGACGGAGCUGGAGCUGGGAUUAAACUCGCUGACAGACCGAUCUGUCCCCGCUCUCCGCCGCCUCAUACUGACCCUCCCGAGUCUGGAGCGGAUCGGGUGAGUGUUUGUGUUAAUGUUCAAUGUGAUAAAAUAUCAGCGGAUCCGCGGGUUUUCUGGUGAUAUUUGUCUGUGAGUGUUGUUGAAACAUUAACCCCAGUCCCCUGUUACUGACACUGUUGUGUAAUCUGUUUAUUUCAUCUUUAUUCUCCCAUCUGUUUUAGGCUGUGGGGGAAUCGGUUCAGUGAGACCGGGAUGAAGGAACUGAGAUCUCUGCAGGAACCCAGACCCGGACUGACCGUGAUCGUGUGAACAUCUGAAUGUGUGAACAUCCCCGCCCGCGGGAUGGGGACAUUUUGGCCGAUUCCCCGCCCUCCCCUUUAACUCCCACCCUUGCCUUACCUUUAAUAGCCACGCGCCAGGUUUAAUUCCCAACGGUUUUCAACGGAAUUGCCUCCAGCCUCGCGCUGUGUGCCGUUGACUGGUCUCCCGUGGUGACGUAUUUCGGUCUCCUGUCCAGCGGCGCUGCUUCCGCCGGAUGUGCGGGUUCGAGACCCCGGGGAAUGACACAGACAGGAAGAGCCCGGGGGCCGGGGCUCAGUCUGGGACACCGGGGUCCCGGGGUGGGAUUAUCCCGGGAGUAGGUAAUGCUGGCUGGCCUGCUGCGUUCACCGGCAACUUUUACGUUUGAUGCCGGGGAAUUACACAGACAGGAAGGGCCCGAUGAUGGCGGGUUUUUUCUGAGACACGGGUGACUCCUGACCGGCGUGGAUAACUUCACUCACAUCAUCUCUGAACUGAUUCCACAACCUACGGACUCACUUUCAUAUAAUUUACAACUCAUGUCAUUAUUAUUUAAUAUUUUAUUUGCACAAAUUUCCCAUCCUUUGCACAUUGCUUGUUGGUUAGUCUUUGUUUUUGUAUAGUUUUUCAUAAAUUCUGCAAAAAAGAUUGAUUGUCCUGUAAAUGACUGCAAUAAAAAGAAUCUCAGGGUAGUAUAUGGUGACAAAUAAGUACUUUGAUAAUAAACAACACGCAUCAAAGUUGCUGGUGAUCGCAGCAGGCCAGGCAGCAUCUCUAGGAAGAGGUAUAGUCGAGACCCUUCGUCAGGACUAACUGAAGGAAGAGUGAGUAAGGGAUUUGAAAGUGGGAGGCGGAGAGGGAGAUCCAAAAUGAUACGA